UUUUGGGUUUGGAAACAUUGAGUUCCCUUCGCGUUCAAUCCACUGUAUUCAAUGGGUUGGUAUUCAGUAAGGAGAAAAGCAGAGUGUUUGAUUGGAGUUGCAGAUCGAACUCGGUGAUGUCAAAGGGGUCAAGAUCUGUAACUUAUGAGUUAGGGGUGGAAACUUGUUUAAGAUCUGGGUUGGUUUGGGGAAAUAGAAGGAAUCUGGCCUGGGUUUUAGGAUUGUUCUACCUGGGUUCUUUGGUUCUGUCGUUCCAUUGGCUCCUUCACCAGAUUGUUUGAUUGCUAUCUAAUUUAUCAAUCCCAAUCGAGUAGCCGACGAAGAAGCUAGCUAUUGCCAAGAAGGCUAGCACUGCUUUUGCUCAUCCUUCUACUCAAAUCCAUUUUCAAUUUCAAAUGGGUCUGCAAUGGGGAGCUCUUACUUCUUACACUCUCCCCUCUCCUACUCUCGAUUUCCCUAAUUUUCUUCUCAUGACCAAAUCCGCGAUUCUUCAAACUCCAUCUCAUUCAUAUUUUUCAUUCUCUUUCUGCAUAUCAAUGCCAAGAUAAUAAAAUUUAUAUGAUGCUCUGUGCAAUAUUUCUUACUGUUUUUCCAUUGGGGUUUGUCAAUCAACUUUUGAGUGAAUCAAGAUGGUCACACCAUAUAAGGGAAGGAAGGAUGAGUCAAGUUGCAGUCUUAAAACAUCCACAGAAUUACUUAAAAGUACUCAAUCAUAUCAGAGGUCUUGAAGAACAACAUGCAUCUAAUAUAUCAUUAUUUUUGGAGCCAAGCCAUUAUUUUUUCCUUGAUUACUUUGCUACAAGCUGCCUUGAUGUUUAUCUAGCUGAAAAGGUUAUCAAGGGAAUUGUGGAUGGUUGCCAACAAUCUGACUGUGCUCUUUUAGGUGGAGAGACUGCUGAGAUGCCGGGUUUCUAUGCAGAGGGUGAGUAUGACCUCAAUGGUUUUGUGGUUGGAAUUGUGAAGAAGGAAUUAGUGAUUGAUGGGAAAAACAUUUUGGCUGGAGAUGUCCUCAUUGGCCUACCAUCUAGUGGGGUUCAUUCCAAUGGUUUUCUCUUGUAA